CAUAUGGGUGCUAUUCAUAUUAAACCGAAAUACGACUGGGACAAAUACAAGUUUCUAUCAAACUUGGGCGAAGGUGCUUUUGGUGAAGUGUUUUUGGUGAAAAGUUGUGAAGACAGAAAGAAUUAUGCUUUGAAGAAGAUAAAAUGUGAAACAAAUGAUGAUCUUGAACAUGUGACGGAAGAGUUGAAAGCGAUGAGUCGACUGGAACAUCCAAACAUUGUGAAAAUAGUAGAGACAAUUUGUAAGCAGCAAGACGAUUUCUUGGCAGAUAUCUACAUCAUUCUUGAGUACUGUCCUCGAGGAACUUUGACACAAAGAUUGUCAAAACCACACGAUGAAGCCAAACAACUUAAAUGGUUGAAACAACUGUCUGAGGCCGUUGCAUACAUUCAUGCCUUAAGUCUAGUGCAUCGUGAUUUGAAACCAGAUAAUAUUCUGUUCAACGCUAACGAUAAUGUUAAAGUGGGUGAUUUCGGCCUUGCACGAGAUUUUGUUUCCGCAAAACGCGAAGAUGAAACAUGGUUGAAUUACUAUAUGAACAGUUUUUGUGGUAUGAUAUUCUACAUGGCUCCAGAGGUAUUCGAUGGUCAUUACAACGAAAAGGCAGACGUAUUUGCUUUAGGUUUGCUAAUGUAUAUCAUAGUUGAAGCAAAGUACCUUAACAUCAAUGACAAACGUUGUUAUGGUUUGUUUAUCAGCCUUAAAGAUGGCACAUGGGCUCCUCUGGGUUUGCAAAUGUAUCAUGAUAAAAAAGGACUUCAAUUUACCUUUGAAAAAUGCUCUCGGCGAACUGCUCAAAUAAUCUGUUCUGCUCUUAUCUAUAAUCAAAAUGACCGCAGUGAUGCAGCAUCUAUUCAUGGAAAGUUGAAGGAUAUUCAGCGAAUGUGA